CGCAGCGUCACAUGUUGGAUAACCUGUGCACCGUCUUGACUGCAUAAUUCUACUCAAACGGACUUGCACGGCUUCAGUGUCAAGAUGGAGGCGUUCAACGACAUCUACCUCAAUUUAUCCAAGAAACACGGUGUCACUCGGUUUGCAGAAUCUGGGUGGGGUUGGAAGCCCUCUAGCGGAGGCGAUACCUUCACCCUGGACCAGUCUCAGAUCGUCCAGGCGCAAUGGAGUCGAGCAGCACGAGGCUACGAAGUGAAACUGCUCUCACGGGCAGAUGGCAUCAUUCAACUGGAUGGUUUCAAACAAGAGGACUUUGAGCGCGUUUCGAAGCUGUUCAAGGUUUGGUAUGGUAUCAACUUGGACAAUCGAGAGCAUGCCUUGCGUGGCUGGAAUUGGGGAAAGGCCGAGUUCGGAAAGGCCGAGCUGUCCUUCAACGUUGCCAACCGGCCCGCCUUCGAAGUGCCCUACACCGAGAUUUCGAACACAAACUUGGCAGGCAAGAAUGAGGUGGCCGUGGAUUUCUCCAUGCCCGCGGACGGCAAUGAUACUGGUACAAACGGUCAUCUUGGAGGAGCUCGGGCUCGGGGGAAGAAGUCUGGUGGUGCAAAAGACCAGCUGGUCGAGAUGCGCUUCUACAUUCCCGGUACUGCAUCGAAAAAGGAGAAGAAGGAAGAUGGCGAAGAUGUCACCGACGGUGAAGAAGGAGAGGAGCAGAACGCAGCUAACCUCUUCUAUGAGACACUCAUGGAGAAGGCUGAGAUUGGCGAGGUUGCUGGCGAUACCUUCGCCACCUUCCUGGACAUCCUACACUUGACCCCUAGAGGUCGCUUCGACAUCGACAUGUACGAAAAAUCGUUCCGCUUACGAGGCAAGACAUACGACUAUAAGAUCCAGUACGAUGCGGUCAAGAAGUUUAUGGUCCUUCCAAAGCCCGACGACAUGCAUACACUCAUUACGGUUGGCCUGGACCCCCCACUGAGGCAAGGCCAGACGCGGUAUCCCUUUCUUGUCAUGCAGUUCAAACGGGAUGAAGAAGUAAAUCUCGACUUGAACAUGAAAGAGGAUCUGCUGGAAUCCCAAUACAAAGACAAAUUGCAAUCGCACUACGAAGCCCCUAUCUCAGUUGUCGUGUCAGAAAUUUUUCGAGGCCUAACCGGUAAACGGAUCACCAAGCCAUCACAGGCAUUCACUAGCCACCACGAGCAAGCAGGCGUCAAGUGCUCAAUCAAAGCUAACGAAGGUCAUUUGUUCUGCCUUGACAAGGCGUUCAUGUUCGUCCCCAAGCCCGCUACAUACAUUAGCAUGGACAACAUUGCAUCGGUAACCAUGUCCCGUGUUGGCGGAGCGAUGGCUGCAAGCCGCACAUUUGACAUCACAUUCACCAUGAAAGGAGGGCUUGCCGAGCACCAGUUCAGCAAUAUUAAUCGCGAGGAGCAGCAGCCACUAGAAAACUUUUUUCGAGCAAAGGGCAUCAAGACGAAGAACGAGAUGGCUGAUGAUUCGGGCGCAAUCCUUGCAGCAGCCCUCCAGGACGAUGACCUUGCAUCGAGCGAUGACGGAGCCGCAAAUCGCGGCAGUGCAGACGAGGACGAUGAGAGCAUUGACGAGGAUUUCCAGGCAGAUUCGGAGUCAGAUGUGGCCGAGGAAUUUGAUGAAGAUCAUAAGAGCAGCGGAUCCGAUAGUGAUUCUGACAUGGCUGACGCAGAUAGCGACGCCGCUCCUGAAGAGAAGAUGGUGGAGCGGCCGAAGAAAAAGCAAAAGACGUCAAAAUGAUCGGCCCGCAGUGAAGGUGGCCGCAAGGAAAGGGGGAGGGAGAAGGGUGGCGGUGAGACAGAAGAAGAAGCGGUGACGAGUGUUUCUAUGCCGAAGCCUCUCCGAUACUUCC